UACUUACCUUGGUGGUCUGUCACACCGACGUCGUGAAGAUGGGGGGUAGAGAGGGAAUGGCGCGUUUUGUAGUGAUGACACUUCGUCACACUGCAGUCGUGAAGAUGGGGCGAUUUUGAGAGAGGGGGUGCGGCGUCCUUCUCUCCUUCUGACAAGGAGAGGCCGCCGUGGGUACCAAUGUGGUACCCACAUUAUGGGGGGUUGACUGCAUUGAUGGUGGUGAUGAGGCAGAUGAGACGAUCGUCGUCGUUGUUGUUGUGUGUGCGUAAUAAUUGUGAGGCGAGAUGAGACUUGGUUGCACUUUUCUUAGAGAGGUUUUAUUUAUUACUUGUACAAACAGGCAGAACUCUGCCUCUCUCAAUAAUAUUGGGAGAGGUAACAUGCAGUAGCACAGAAUACUUCCUCGACCCGUCCUCCACCGUUCCCCCGUCUGGUGGCUGCGCUUUCGCUUAUAUAUCCUAGCAAUACCUAAUUGAUACCUAUGUGUUGACCGAUUAUGAACCGGUUGGCCACGCUGAAUAGAGAUAUCUCAGAUGAGGUUGUGACGAAGCUGGUUUGCAACAUUGUCUCUUGUUUGUAAGAGAUGAUGGAGGUGAGUGGCAUACUAAUUAAGGGGUUUGGCAUUAAUGAAGUUGAUCAAACCUGCUCUUUCACAGCUAUUAAAUAGAUAUUCAUUCCCAUUCAAAGAACAUUAAGAAUUAUCCAAUCUGGAAAACUAGCGAUGGCGAUUUGGAUUACUUGGGUCCCGUUCCAAUUGGCGUGGCGAAGUCUCAAAAUCCUUCAGCAGCGGAGGGCUACUGAUUUUCGUACCCUAUUUUCAAAAGAUUGUCACUACAAAUACACAAAUCUGGUGUACAUCCAGUACGUCCGUUUGCAACUGAUCAUGAUUUCUGGACAGGACGAGGAUGCUCAGAGUCUUUUCAUUUUAAUGGUUUUGGGAGCGAUACUUAGCUCGUUAGCGAAUUUUUGUACAAUCCGCCUCCUGAAUGUAAGAUUACCUAUAUUGUUUUAUUCCGUGUUUCCCAUGGCAUCGAUAGCUAUUUUGAUAAUAGCUCAACAAAUGUUGCCUGUAGCCGUGGGUGUAAAUGAAAAGGCGUCCGAAGCCCUGCAGAAGUGGAUAGUGGGACUAAAUAAUGGGAAAUUGAACAGUAGUGAGAGAAGGUUUUUGAAAAUUAAGUUGCAAGCUUUAAGAUCGAUUCGUUAUCACGGAGGGUUGAAUGGCUUUUACUUUUUUGUUGCGGACAAGACUAUUAAACGAGAAUAUUUUGGGGUAAUUGUAACGACAACGUUAAAUUUAUUGCUGUCGUUUCCAGCGGUAAGAUAUAGGUAUUAAAAAAAUAAUUUGUAGUUAUAUUAGUUCAUGUAUUUAUGGUAUGUUCACGAAUUUACGGUACAAAUAAUUGUUAACAAUUUUAUUUUAAGUAUUGACAUGCACGAUAUUGUUUUAUUCCCUGCGAGCGAAGUUUAAAAAUUUAAUAAGGGAAAGUCCAUAAAUUAUGUCACGCGAGAGG